AUGUCGGACUGGAAGGUCCUAAAGGAUAAGGAUGGCAACGCCAUCAAGUGGCAAUUCCUUGAGGAAUUACAUAAAUUACAAGAGUCAGAGGGCUUACAUCUUGCCAAUAAGCUCCGAUCCGCUCAUAUCAAAUGGAAGCCACAGAAAAUGAAGGUAAACCUAGCAGCACAGGCACUCAGUUCGAGUGUUGCAGAUGCCUUGGAGUAUUGUGAAGCUGAAAUUGCCACAAUUUCAAGGAUGUGGUCCAACAGUACAAUGUAUUCGUGUUUUUGUUCAUCUUUUUGAUGUUCUGAAUUCCAGGAAUCCGUUGGCGAGAAAUUUCAAGGCACCAAUUAGAAGAUCAAACUAUCAGUACACAAAGAGGUUUCUAGAUGAGGCAAGUGAGUACAUUCGAAAUCUGAAAGGUCCAGACGGUCGGUCGAUCCUUACAUCAAAAAGGAAAACAGGAUUUCUUGGUUUCCUUUUGUGCAUUCAUGCUGUUGUGGGAUUAGCAGAAGAUCUCGUUAAUGCGGAGAAUCCUGUCCUGAAGUAUCUCCUGAUGUACAAGAUGAGCCAAGAUCACUUGGAAUGAUUCUUUUCAGCUGUGCGAGCUUGUGGUGGGUGGAAUAAUAAUCCAACAACUUGCCAAUUCGUAGCAGCAUACAAGCAACUGCUGAUGAGGCACAACAUCAAAGGAGGAUGUGGAAACUGCACUCCUCAAGAUGAUACGGAGAUAUUGAACAGUGUCCAGGAUCAACAUGAAAUCAACUCCGUACCUACUGGAAUUUCUGAUAUGGCGAUUGCAAGGAGAUAUGACUUGGAGAUGAGACAGUGA